AUGGCUGAAUUCUUUCACCGUAUGGCUGAAACGAUCCAUGACCCCAAUGGGUUAAACUUUGAAAAAAUGAGGAAAAUGGGUGGAGUGGAAUUUGAAGGCACUGUUGAUCCCAUAGAUGCUGAACAAUGGCUUCAGCGUAUAGAGCGAGUGUUUGAGCAGUUAGAGUGUUCUGAUGUUGCCAAAUUUAGACUCUCUCAUUAUGCUGGAGGCAUUAUUACCGAUGAAAAAGAUAAAUGCAGGAGGUUUGAAGAUGGCCUAAACGAUUCCAUCAGAAAGAAUGUGGCAAUCCUGCAACAUGAGAACUUUUGUAAAUUAGUUUCUACGGCUUUCACUUGGGAAAGACUUGAUAAGGAAGAAGCUAAUCGACAUGAGAAUAGAUUCCGAAAGCCUAGGUUAGAUUUUGGAGGUCCAUCCAAGAAGAGAAGGUUUGAUGAUUCUAAGGCUGGUAGUGUCAACAGGUCAGAUCAACAGAAGCAAAGCAGACUAAAUUUUGUUACAGCUAGUACCCCGAGUUAUAGCCAAGGCAAGACUUGCAUUCCCACUUGUUCAGAAUGUGGAAAGAAUCACUAUGGUGCUUGCAAGAGAGCUUCUGGUGUAUGUUUUAAUUGUGGCAGCUUUGAUCAAAAAGUGAGGGACUGUCCUAAGCCUAAAAAUGUCCCUUCCUUGCAUACUGAGGGCUCGGUUCAGAAGUCUUCUAAUAAUCCUCCUCAAACCAAUAGAGGUGCAAGGCCUAAAAACAACCAAGCAGCGGGGACAAGUGGAGCAACUCAACCUAGCGGGUCCAUAGCUACUGCACGAGCUUAUGCUAUGAGGCAGAGAGAUGAUCAAGAGGGACAGGACGUGGUUGUUGGUAAAUUUCACUUAUAUGGCUUAUCUGUGUUUACACUAUUUGAUCCUGGCUCUACACAUUCCUAUAUUUGUUCAUCAUUUGUUCUUCCUGAAAAUGUGAAAUCUGUGAGACUUAACUUUGACGUUCUAGUUGAAUGUCCUUUGGGUUACCAAGUUGUUUGUAAUCGAGUUUACCAAGCUUGUCCCUUCAUGAUUCAAAACCUGGUCUUUCCUACUGAUUUGAUUAAAAUGCCUUUCCACGAUUUUGAUAUUAUUAUCAGUAUGGAUUGGCUUUAUAAAUAUCAUGCAGUAGUGGAUUGUAGGUCCAAGCAUGUGACUUUUAAGGACCCUGCAUUUUCACACAUUAUUGUACAAGGUGAAAGAUCAUUGUCAUCUAAUAUUAUUUCUGCGGCCUUAGCAAGAAAGAUGAUUCGUCAAGGUUGUAGUGCAUAUCUUGCUCACAUAAUUGAUACACGUGUGGAGAGUCCUAGUCUUAAAGAUAUACCUACUGUGUGUGACUUUCCGGAAGUGUUUCCAGAAAAUCUUCCUAGGUUAACACCAGAAAGAGAAGUUGAAUUUCCGAUCGAGCUCAUUCUUGGAUCUACUCCUAUUUCUAUCACUCCUCAUAGAAUGGCACCAGCAGAAUUAAGGGAAUUGAAAACUCAAUUGAAAGAACUUCUUGAGAAAGUGAUGCCAUUCGGAUUGACUAAUGCUCCUGCAAUAUUCAUGGAUUUAAUGAAUCGAAUAUUUAGGCCUUACAUUGAUCAAUUUGUGGUAGUCUUUAUAGAUGAUAUUUUAAUAUAUUCCAAGAGUAAAGAAGAGCAUGAUAAACAUCUCCGGAUUGUUUUACAAGCUUUGAAGGAGAAGGAACUUUAUGCUAAGCUUUCAAAGUGUGAAUUUUGGCUUAAUGAAGUGGCUUUUCUGGGACAUGUUGUGUCAACCGAAGGUGUGAAGGUGGAUCCUAGUAAAAUUGAAACAUUUGUAGAAUGGAAAACUCCUAAAAGUCCUACUGAGAAAGAUCUGAACUUAAGAAAACACAGAUGGCUUGAACUCAUCAAAGAUUAUGACUGCACGAUUGACUAUCACCCAGGUAAAGCUAAUGUGGUUGCAGACGCCUUGAGUUGCAAAUCCUUUGCAAGCUUGCAUAUGAAUCCUUUUCCUUUGCUUCUGGAGUUAAGAGCCAUGUAUGUCUAUUUUACACUUGAUUCAUAUGGUUCGGUGGUUGCUAAUUUGCAAGUCAAGCCAACAUUGCGUGAACAGGUGAAAGAAGCGCAAAAAAGAUAUCGCUCAGAUCUAUCUCAUGUUCUUCCUGUCAAAUCAAUUGAGGUAAGUCCUGAUGUGACAUAUAAUGAAGGACCUAUCCAAAUCUUGGCACAUGAGACAAAAGAGCUUAGAAACAAGAAAGUUCCUUUAGUAAAAGUCCUUUGGAGAAAUCAUUCUGGCAAUGAAGCAACUUGGGAGCGAGAGGAGGACAUGCGAAUUCAAUAUCCCCAUUUGUUUCGGGACUAG